AUGGGUAUCUUAAACGUUCUCACGCUCGCCGCCCAUGACGGCACUCAGGUCAUCAUCACCCACGAGGCUGCCAAGCAGUCCGCGAUUCUCAAGGACAUGAUGGAGGAUCUCCCCGAGGAGGAGACCAACGUCCCCGUCCCCAUCGCCGCGGCCUCCGGUGAAAGCCUAAAGAUGAUCGUCGAGUGGUGCGAACACCGUGUUCUCGAGGAGAAGGAAGAGCAGGAGGUGAAAGAGCGAGAGAUGCGAGAGAAGGAAGAACAGGAGCUAGCGCUGAAGAAGAAACAAGAAGAGGACGAGAAGCAGGCCGCAUCCAAGGCCGCAAGCUCCGACAGCGAAGAUAGCGACGACAGCGAUGAGGACAGCUACGAUGCCGAGACAGAUUCUUAUUUAGACACCGAUUCCGAGUUCGAUUGGGGCUUUGACUCAGAAGCAUCAUUCGAGCCCACGCCCAACGUCGCACCCCCGCUGAUCCAAGUCUCCCCCCCUCCCUUCGAAGUCCCCGCCUACGAGGCCGCGCUGCUGGCGCCGCUCAGCCAGGCGCAGCUCUUCGAGCUCCUGACCGCCGCCAACUUCCUCGACAUCCCGCUGCUGCUGAAGUGCGCGGCCAAGAUCGUCGCCGAGAAGAUCAGGGGCAUGACGACGGAGCAGAUGCGCGAGUAUUUUGGGAUCGAGAAUGACUUUACCGCCGAGGAGGAGGCGCAGAUUCGUAGGGAGCAUGGCUGGGCUUUUUUGGGUGAGGGUGAUGAUUAUUACGUGAGCCCGCGUACGUUUUCGUACCCUGAGGAAGAGUAAGAUACCUAUUGAUGCUGCUGCUGCUGGAUGCGGUAGGUAGGUAGGUAGUUUACGUCUGCGUACCCAG